UAUAUGUGACGUCAUUUUGCGGCAGGAAGAGGUGUCCGAUUUGGCAGCCUGAAAAUCGUGAAUAUCGUCUUUUAUAUCGUUACAGCAAAGAUAACUAUUAAUCCAUCAUGAGUAACCAGGAGGACAAACUGGCUGAUGAUGUACCGGGAGGUGGUGUCACAGGGUCAGGGAGUGCGGACGACAUGCGAAGAGAACUUGCAGAGAUUCAGGCACAAUCAAACCAAGUCACUGAUGAUUCUCUGGAGAGUACGAGGCGUAUGAUGCAGUUAUGUGAGGAGAGUAAAGAAGCGGGCAUCAACACCCUGGUCAUGUUGGAUGAGCAGGGAGAGCAGCUCGAUCGGAUAGAGGAGGGUAUGGAUCAAAUCAACAAAGACAUGAAGGAUGCUGAGAAAAAUUUGGAAGGCAUGGAGAAAUGCUGUGGACUGUGUGUGUUACCCUGGAAAAAAACAAAAAAUUUUGAAAAAGGUGGUGAAUAUGCAAAUAUUUGGAAGUCCUCUGAAGAUGGCAAAGUGAACACAGAUGGUCCACGUAUGAUUGUAGACUCCAGAAAUGGGGCCGGGCCCCAGGGGAGUUUUUUACCAGUAAUUACAAAAGAUGCUCGAGAGGAUGAGAUGGAGCAAAACUUGACAGAAGUCAGUGGCAUGCUGGGUAAUCUACGAAAUAUGGCUGUAGACAUGGGUAGUGAAAUUACUUCACAGAACAGACAAGUUGAGAGGAUCCAGUCAAAGGCUUCAUCAAACGAAGUGAGAAUCUGUGAGGCCAACAAAAGGGCUACAAAGAUCCUGAAGGAGAAUUAAACCUGUAUUCAUCAGCUCCAGUUUUUAUUUGAUGUUGCGUGCAUGAUCAUACUGGCUGGGGCGAAUAGGUCGGAUAUAAAGCAUGGACCAUGUGACAUUGAGGGACCAAUGAGAAUCACUGUGUACAUUCUACAGUUUGUGGUGACUAAACUAUGGCUUGGAAAAUAGAAAAAGACAAAUACCUAAUUGUGAUGUCUGUGGGGCUGAGCAUCAACACUGAAUAAUUUGUGACAGACAAAUGACAUCUCAAUAGGUCAAGCAGCUCCCUGGAAUCACUGGGAUAAUAUUGUGUCAAGAUAUUAAGUUAUCACAUAGUAAAGUAAUGCAUGAAAUUUAGGAGGAAAUUUUUUUUGUGAUUUAUCUCCUCUUGAUAAAUAAAUGUUUUACUACGCAUCAAUUAAAUAUAAAACUACUUUCGUUUAAAUUUAUUUGGCAUGACAACUGAACUUCUUCUCGAGUCUGACCCUGAUUACCUGAUAUAAACUUUUGAGGAAGGGGAUGGGCUUCUCAAAUAAAAUAUGGAGUUUGAACUUAUGACGGAUGAUCAUGAGAACUGAAUAAUUGAUUUUGCUAUCAUUCACUCUCUUUUGUAGCAGAUACAGUUAUUGGCUGAGAGAGGAUGAUUUUAAAUUUUUGUUGAAGCAUUAUCAUCUUCACAAUUUGGCACAAUUUAUGCUUUUCUAAGCUGUUAUGUUAUUGCCUUUUGUAGAAAAACAAGCACACUUGAUUUGAGCUUGCCUAGUGAAAUGUGCAAGAAUGUUGCUAAAGAUAAUCUGCAGAGCACUUCAAAUGAAUAUCGUUAUUUACAUUACAAAAGAUUUCCACGUCCCAAGAAAAAUAUUCAAGCUUCUUCUGUUUUCUGAGGAAAGCCUAAUAAUUUGAUUACGGUAGGCCUCAAUUUGGGCAAACAUACAUACAGUUGUUUUAUUUCAACACCAAAAUUCUUACUAAAUUUGAAGAUUGUAACAUUACUUUUAAGUCAAUUGUAAGGGUAAAUCUUUUUAUGAUUUUACAAAAGGAAUGUUGUAACACCUUUUUACCGGUUGAUAAAAAUGACAAAUUGUGAUACAUUUACUAAUAUGGAUAUUACAGUACACACCUUAGACUACAGAGUUGGACCAGAUAAUGCAAAGACUGUUAAGUCUACUUACAAUUGGAUCCAAAUUUCGUCUAGUUUGGACAUGAUGUACUGUAUAAAUUGGUUGUGCUGUCACUAUAAAAGUGUUACAACUAAUAAAAUCUCUAUUAAUUUUGGGAAAUGUAUUAAUUAGAUAAUUCAUGAAUUUCCCAUAGAUUACCAUGUUAUUUAUUGGAAGAUGAGACCCUUGUAUGGAAUGGAAAGUGUGUGUGCGUGUGUAUGUGUGUGGGUAGAAGUGAGUUUGAAUUUUUAGUGACUUUUGAUGACAGAGUGCAGUCCACAUUUUCAAGGACCCGGGAUCUACAAAAUACAAGAUCAUGUUUUGAUAACCAGUUCUAGUACACUAUUCUGCUUAUCUGACCAUGUGAUCUGGGACAUGCUCAUCAAUAACCGUGGUACAUAUACAAAAUAAGCAGCAGAUAAGCACAUAUGCAUGAUUUAAGUUUAAAGAUUUUUAGCUUGUAUUUUCAAGUUUUCUAUCCACAGUAUUAUUAUUUUGUUCAUCAGUGAAUUGUAAAUUAUAAAAUGUCUACGUAUUGUCUGGAAUAAGUUUUGGCCAAAAAAUGGGAAAGUUGAAGACAUUUCGAAGAAUAAACUUGUUAAAAUUGUUUUUAAUUGGGCAAUUUUUAAAUGAUUGAUUUUAAUCACAAUUUUGAAUUGUUUUUAAAUACGUUUUUUGUAUUAGCAUUUGUUGUUACAGAGGUCAGACAGUAUUGGUGAUCUUAACCACCGAGUCCUUGAUGAAGUUCAAUGUUAACAAAGAUUGUAACUGGCCUGUUUAUAAUGAUGUUACUGAAACAUUGUGUUCAUAUUAUCCACAAAGAAAUUAUCAUAAUACAUAUAGAGUAUAUAUUAUAUUCACAUUUUAUAUACAUCCACAUAAUGAUAUAUACAAGUUUACGUUAUACUUGUGCUCAGAAAUUCAUGUUUUCAAACGUGUAAUUUUGUAUUAUUGAUGUGUCUCUGUGAUGUGAUAAACAGAAUCCUACCCCGUUGAUAUUUAACACACAACUGUUCCAGAAGCUACAUACUUUGUAUUCUAAGGAGCACCAAGUUAUGUCACAAUUAUUUACAGGACUAUUUACAAAAGAAUCUGAUAUGUAAGUUAUGUAUGCAGCAACUGAUAAAAACUUACUUCAGGAACAAACGUGGAGGUCAAGGUCACUUACUGUUUAUAUCUAGAAUCAUGUAAAGAUACCUAAACAAAAAUUUAUAAAAAAAUGUGGUCUUGUGUUUUAAGGAUAUUUUCUAGUUUAUAUUUAGAAAACUUACACAUCGACUUGGUCUACGUCAGACUCUGACUUGGUCCAUGUUGGACAAUGAUUGGGUCUACGUUGGACAAUGAUUGGGUCUACGUUGGACUCUGACUUGGUCUACGUUGGACUGUGACUUGGUCUACGUUGGACUGUGACUUGGUCUACGUUGGACUCUGACUUGGUCGACGUUGGACUCUGAUUGGGUCUACGUCGGACUAUGAUCGGGUUUACAUUUGACACUGACUUGGUCUACAUUGGACUCUGACUUGGUCUAGGUCAGACUAUGAUUGGGUCUACAUUGGACACCAACUUGGUCUACGUUGGACUCUGAUUGGGUCUACGUCGGACUAUGAUCGGGUCUACAUUGGACACUGAUUUGGUCUACGUCAGACACUGACUUGGUCUACGUUGGACUAUGAUUGGGUCUAUGUUGGACUAUGAUCGGGUCUACAUUGGACACUAACUUGGUCUAUGUUGGACUCUGAUUAGGUCUAUGUCGGACUAUGAUCGGGUCUACAUUGGACACUGAUUUGGUCUACGUCAGACACUGACUUGGUCUACGUUGGACUAUGAUUGGGUCUAUGUUGGACUAUGAUCGGGUCUACAUUGGACACUAACUUGGUCUACGUUGGACUAUGAUUGGGUCUAUGUUGGACUAUGAUCGGGUCUACAUUGGACACUAACUUGGUCUACGUUGGACUAUGAUUGGGUCUAUGUUGGACUAUGAUGGAGUCUAUGUUGGACUAUGAUCGAGUCUACAUUGGACACUGAUUUGGUCUACGUCAGACACUGACUUGGUCUACGUUGGACUAUGAUUGGGUCUAUGUUGGACUAUGAUCGGGUCUACAUUGGACACUGAUUUGGUCUACGUCAGACACUGACUUGGUCUACGUUGGACUCUGAUUGGGUCUAUGUUGGACUAUGAUCAGGUCUACAUUGGACACUAACUUGGUCUACGUUGGACUAUGAUUGGGUCUACGUUGGACUAUGAUUGGGUCUAUGUUGGACUAUGAUCGGGUCUACAUUGGACACUAACUUGGUCUACGUUGGACUAUGAUUGGGUCUACGUUGGACUAUGAUUGGGUCUACAUUGGACACCAACUUGGUCUACGUUGGACUCUGAUUGGGUCUAUGUUGGACUAUGAUCAGGUCUACAUUGGACACUAACUUGGUCUACGUUGGACUAUGAUUGGGUCUACGUUGGACUAUGAUUGGGUCUAUGUUGGACUAUGAUCGGGUCUACAUUGGACACUAACUUGGUCUACGUUGGACUAUGAUUGGGUCUAUGUUGGACAAUGAUGGAGUCUAUGUUGGACUAUGAUCGAGUCUACAUUGGACACUGAUUUGGGCUUUUGGUCUACGUCAGCCUGACUUUGUCUACAUAAUAUUGUGGACAGCUUAUACCAAAAAUAAUGUCUUGGAAAUGUGUACAGUGAUUUUUAAGAUUAUAAUGUUUCGUAGAUGAAGUGAUACAUGUAUUUUGUUUAGUUAAUUUUGGGGUGAAGUGUUUAACUAGAUUAACUGUAAUUCAUGUAGCUGGUUAGAUAAUUUACAACCUAAUAGAACAGUAGCGACAGGUUUUGUGAAAGCAUUUAAAAUUAAAUCAAUUUUCUCAUAUCAUUAGUGUACUCUGCUGUCAUUACAUUUUCAUCGUUAACAUUCAUUUUGGGUUUUUUAAAUGAUUUAUGCUGAAUUGUGUCUAAUCACAGCUACUGUUGUUCUCGACUUUGUUCAGCAUGCUUUCUUCGCUAAUAAUACUCAGAUGGCAGAUAAAAAGCACAUUCCUUGAUAAUGUAACGAGUGUUUUUGUCAUAAAAGUGCAUUCUCUAUCUUCACAUCAUUAAAAUAAGUAGAUGACCUUGAGGGUAAGAUUCACCUAGAGACAGGUUGGAGAUUUAAUCAAUUUCUGUUUAUUGUUGAUGGUUUAUUAUAUAAUUAACAGUCAAAAGUUGAUACGUUAAUUUACUUCACUUUCUGGAAACGUUAAUUUACUUCAGUUUCUGGAAUAGCCCAGAAGGGUUUGACUAUCUGUAUUGGAUUUUUUGUCCGUGUGAUUGAUAUUAACUGUGCAGACAAAAACAUCUUACGGCUUGAUCAGGACACUUUCUGGACAAUGUACAGAACUAACAUACUGACAUAACAUGUAUAUUGAAUUGUGGUGAGUCACAAGCAUUUAAAUGUCUUCAAAGUUGUGUCACAAUAUUGUGAAUUAAAAGUUGGUAUAUUACGACACAAUCCCUAAGGAACUACACCAGUCUUCAGAUAGGAACAAGUGACAUUUCUCCAUAUUUCAAAUUUCGUUGAAAUAAGUAACACCCUUAAUAUUAUCUAUAAAAAUAAUUUUUUAUCAUUGAUUGAAAUCCAGAAAAAAUGCACACGGUAUAAAGCAAAUUAUCAUGAUAUGAAGAGAGAGAUAGCAAAUACCAGCAGGCUUAUAGGGUUGGCUCGAUUGAAUCAUUGGACAAAUGUCCAGUUCAUAGGUUGUGCCAGCGAUAUAUACAGUAUAUGUUAAACCAGUGAACUAUACAAAUCAGGCAGGCCCGUUUGCCACAAUUUUGUAAUUCUUCCUUUCUAAAUCUUCUGUAUGUUUAAGUGAUGGGCAUUCAUUUUAAUUUCCGCGGAAUUCAGAUUUAUUUCUAAAUGCCGAUAUAUCGAGAUCACAUAUUAAGAUUUAGAGGAGAUAUGUAGAAAUGUCGCUUUGACUGACCUGCAGUUUUUGGUCAGACAUUUUCUUUCUAAGUACAAAUUAUAACUUUAUUAAGAUGUUAUGUUUUUCAAUGUAUAAUUCACCAUUUUCUUGAUCAAUAAAUUUGGUUAUACAGAAAA